AUGGCUCCGUACACCUUCGAACUAUUCGCACCUUACAACAAACAAGCUGGUCUUCGACUCAAAAAUGCAAAUGCCAGAAUGUUCGGUCUCGACAUUCCCAUGGAACUCAACCCAGAUGAUGGCCAUUGGCGCGUCACUCUUGAUCUAGCUGAUGGCAUCUACCACUAUCAGUUCAAAGUCGUUACCCGAUCAUGGUUCGAAGCCGAGCCAGAGCCUGCUCUUCCUGACUACGUCAACGACGAAACCAAAAGUAUCGACGAAAACGAACAGAUGAGAAAGACUCGUCGCGAAGAACACGAGAAACUCGUACAACUCGUGAAAGAAAGAAACCAGAAGCGAGAAGAAGAAAUCACCUUCACCGAAGUGUGGUACACUUUUGUUGAUCCAUAUGCAACCGAAGUAGAUGAGCGUGGCUCGGACGAUGCUUUUCGAUCGGUGGGCAUUCUAGUUUUCAAGAAUGGAAAGCGAAUCGUGGAUGAAUACGAGUGGAAAUACGAUAACUAUGUUCCACUGGCUGAAAACGACAAGCUGAUCAUCUAUGAGAUUCACAUUGGUGACUUUCAAGAUCGCUUCAAAGAUGUGACAGAGAAGAUGGAUUAUUUUGUGAGUUUGGGGAUCACAGCUGUGGAGAUCAUGCCGAUCAAAGAAUAUCCAGGACAAAUCGGAUGGGGAUACACACCAAGAUAUUACUUUGCUAUCGAAAGUGCUUAUGGUACAACUGCAGAGCUGAAAGAAAUGAUAGAUACAUUUCAUAAACAUGGUAUUCGUGUUAUCAUAGAUGGUGUAUAUAACCAUUGCGAUGUAUCUGCACCGUAUACUGCUAUUGAUCAUGAUUAUUGGUUUCAUCAUAAACCGAAAGAUUCAACAUACUGUUGUGGACCAGAAUGGAAUUAUGACAAAUUUGAUGAAAAAUUUCAAGUUUGGCCUGCGAGAAAAUAUAUAAUGGAUUCAGUGCAAUACUUUGUCAGUGAAUUUCAUACCGAUGGUAUUCGUUUUGAUGCUGCCACUCAAAUAAACAAUGAUGAAUUUCUUGGCAUUCUCUCUCAACAAGCCAAACAGCAAGCUCGCGUUCGUGGUUAUGCACCGGAUUUUUUUUGCGUUGGAGAAUAUUUGCCAGAUAGAAUUGAAGCUGUUCUAUCUAAUGGUGGACCUAUGGACGGCAUAUGGCAUGACAGUUUCUAUUGGAAAUUGCGCGAUGCUAUCGUUUUAGAUGCAGUAAACUGGAAUGAACUAAAAGAUGUCAUUGAUGGUCGCCGGCAAGGUUACAAAAAUCUCGUUGACGUCGUUAAUUAUCAAUCCAAUCAUGAUCACGAUCGUUUAUUAGUCGAACUCGGCAAAGAACGUCAGAUCUUCGACCGUGAUGCAUUCAAUCGUGUUCGCCUAGGAUUAGCAGUUCAAGCAACAGCAUUCGGCCUGAUGAUGAUCUGGAUGGGAGAAGCAAUUGGUGAAUACAAAGAGAAGACUCCAGGAGUAGCCAAACUUGAUUGGUCACUGAUUGAAGAUCGCAAGGAUAAUUCGAAUAGUAUCAAUAAAGAACAUUUGCAAUACUACAAGGAUGUGAUUCAAUUACGAAAACGAAAUGCAGCAUUGACCACUCCUAAUCUCGAAUUUAUCUAUGAACAUAUCGGUAAUCAGAUCUUAGCAUGGUAUCGUUGGAAUGAUGAAACGAAGAAGUCUCAAAUGCAGGAGAAUCAUGUUGUCGUUGCAUGCAACUGGUCAUCUCAAACUUACGAGAAGCACGAAGUUUGUAAUAUGCCUCGAAAUGGUCAUUGGUAUGAAUGGCUAAAUAAUGAUAAAGAAUAUCUCGUGGAAAAUAACAAACUAAUUGUAACGGACUUGGUCGAUCAUUCUGCUAGAAUUUUUGUAUAUCAAUUCAAAAGGUGUGAGGAUGAUCGGAGUUCAUAG